AGAUGGUGACCAAUACGUCGCUGGCGAUGUCCCACAGCAUGUGGAAAAGAUUGAGUGCGUCGUCGAGCGUGCUCAGCAGGCGAUAACGGGCUGCACGAAAGAUUACAUGCCGGAGUCGUGGAUGUCGCCGUGCAGUUGGACGAUGGAAGCAUGUACCGUACGCUUCGCACGACAUGCUCAGAGCCUGGGCUUUGUUCUGGCGUGCUUCUCCCUGCUCUCGUCGUUGAUGGCAAGAGGAUUCUUCGUGAGCAUCAGCUUCGGCCGGCUGCUCGUUCCCCGUCGCUUCUUCUUGGGCGCAGACAUGUACGUCAUGCUCUUUGGCAUUGGAUCGCCCCGCCACAGUCAUUGUUGACGGUUGAAAGGGAUGAUCUCGGCGAUCAUGUAUGCCGUGUUAAGCUCGCACAGCAGCUUGUCGUUGGGCAUGGUACGGUGCCUCUCCAUCCCUGGU